AGGCGCCAAAUUGGUAAAAACACAUCCUAAGAGCUCAUUGUAGUAAUAAGAAAUAAAAUAACUCUGUAUUAUUUAUUGUCUUACUUGUUAUUUGUAUAACGUGUGUGUUUAAUCAUAUGGAAGAAACUUUGAUCGGACAGUUCUUCUGCACGGAGCUGUGGCACUGAAGAUCAUGGCCGUGCCUUUUGUUCAGGACUGGGAUCUGGUGCAGACUCUAGGAGAGGGAGCUUAUGGCGAGGUACGCCUGCUGGUCAACAGGAAGACGGAGGAGGCGGUGGCCGUGAAAGUUGUGGACAUGUCCACCGCCAAGGACUGUAUGGACAACGUGAAGAAAGAGGUGUGUGUGCACAAGAUGCUGUCGCACCCCAACAUAGUGCGCUUCUAUGGCCACAGGAGCGAGGGGUCCAUCCAUUACAUCUUCCUGGAGUACUGCAGUGGCGGGGAGCUGUUCGAUCGAAUAGAGCCGGAUGUGGGAAUGCCGGAAAAGGAAGCUCACAGGCUUUUUCAGCAGCUAAUAGCAGGAGUGGAAUACCUCCACAGUAUCGGAAUCACACAUCGAGACAUCAAGCCAGAAAACAUCCUGUUAGAUGAUAAAGAUAAUCUGAAGAUCACAGAUUUUGGACUGGCCACCAUGUUCCGGCACCGUGGGCGCGAGCGCAAGUUGGCCCGUCUGUGCGGCACGCUGCCCUACGUGGCUCCAGAGCUGAUGUCGCGCUCUGAGUUUUGCGCUCAGCCUGCAGACGUUUGGGCCUGUGGCAUCGUUCUCACUGCCAUGCUGGCUGGAGAGUUACCGUGGGACCAACCGAGUGACAGCUGUCAGGAGUAUUCUGACUGGCUGCAGAAGAAAACCUACCUUACACCGUGGAAGAAAAUUGAUUCCAUGCCUCUUGGUCUGUUAACGAAGAUACUGCUCCACAGUCCUGAGGACCGGAUCACCAUUCCUGAGAUCAAAAAGCACCGCUGGUUCAGCCGAAGCUUCAAAUCAGGGGGAAAACGCCACACUGACGUCCACGGACCGCUCACUAAGAUGCUGAGGUCUGACUCAGAGAGAUUGCAGCUCGGACGAACUAACAGUAACGAGCGGGUGCAGAUUUCCAGCUCUCAGCCGGAGCCGCAGGGCUUGUGGGAGAUCAGGGGGGAUGUGGUGCACACUGAGGGAGCUCAGGUCAGCUUUUCCCAGCCUGCCUGCCCUGAUCACAUGCUAUUAGGAAGCCAACUGCUGGGCACACCAGGCGCUAGCCAGAACUCAUGGCAGAGGUUAGUAAGGAGGAUGACCAGGUUCUUCACUACCCUGAAAGCAGAGGCGUCCUGCGCAGCCCUGCGUGAGACCUGUAUUAAUCUGGGCUACAUGUGGAAACAGAGCUGCACCAACCAGGCAACCGUAUCCACGAUGGAUCGUCGUAACAACAAGCUGAUCUUCAAAAUCCACUUCCUGGAAAUGGAGGAACGUAUUCUUGUAGAUUUCAGAUUAUCAAGGGGUGAUGGUUUGGAAUUCAAGAUAAUAUUCCUGAAACUCAAACAGAAGCUGUCGGACAUCAUCAGUAACCAAAAGGUUCCUCUAGUUUUUACAUGAAGUAAAUCCCCCAGAUCCAGUACGUAUCUGCGUAUUACAUGUUUUGUUCUUACUUUAUCUGUUACACUUGUUUCUAAUGCUUCCAGUUUGUUCGCAUGAAUAAGGAAUGCGAAAACAUUGUAUAGGAUUAUACAGGCUCACGUUUGAGUUUGUCUCUGCCCCCUUUUUCUACUGUGACAUUUUAAGACUACACUUUGUUUCCUACUCACUUGUUUUUAAAGUUUUAUCCUGCUGCUUCCUGUUAGAAAAAGACAAGAAUAAAUGAUAUUUCCAAAACCAAGAUAA